CGAUCUCGUUGGAAACAAUCAUCAUAAUCAUCAGUCUAGUCGAGUUUAAGAUACAAUUAAGACGUGCUCUCUCUCUCUCAACACGUCUGUUUAGCGCGUAGUUAUUAAAAUUUUCUAAAAAAAGAUACUAGCGAUAACGAUAAAAACAAUAAAAUAAUAAAUAAAUUAUUAUGAUGAGUUCAUAAAUCUAUCUCAAUAUAAAAAUACAAAACAUUUUAGAUAUAAGAUGAAAAAUCUGCCAAUACUCAAGACUGGAAAUGCAAUGAAUAUGCAUUUCACACUUUAUCUGUGUCUAUUUUUAAAUCUCCUUGUGAGUGCACUGACUUACACUAUUCCUGAUCCAAAAGUGGAAUUACUUAGUCCUAAGGGAAUACGAAUUUCAAUUCCCCAUGAAAAUGGCAUUGCUCUUGUUGGCUACCAUAUAAACAUCAACAAACCAAUAGCCCUUCUCCAACCAGGUGAUUAUGCUGCAGACAUAACAAAUCCUACAGACGGACGUUGGAUUUUCGAUAUAACAAAUGCAUUUAUUGAUCCUGGUCAUAAAAUUAAUUUCUGGAUUCAUGUACAAUAUGGAAGUUAUGCCUUCCGAAAGUUAGGUUCAGAAAUUGCAUCGGGUGAUGCAGUAAACAUUUCCGAACCAACAUUCGAAUCAACAAGUAGGCCAACAAGUAGACCAACAAAUAGGCCAACUAGUAGUACAAUUCCAUUAGAAGAAGAUCCCAUCAUUGGGAGCUGUGAAGAAUCAAAAACAACAAUGGAUCGAAAAUCAGUCUGUAAAGGCGAACUUAUUUUCGAAGAUAAUUUCAAUAGUUUAAAUUGGACCAAAUGGAAACGUGAAGUUAAAAUACCGCUUUAUUCAGAUGAUGCUGAAUUUGUUUCAUUUCAAACGCGAGAUGAAAAUUGUUAUGUUAGCAAUGGGCAAUUACAUAUUGUACCAAAUUUACUAUCUGAAGUUCCAGGAUUUAGUGAAUCGAGUAUUCGAACUGGGAAAUUAGAUCUUGGAUCUGAUUGCACGGGUAUAAUUGAUAUCUCGGAAGAAUGUACAAGAGAUGCACAUUUUUCAAGAAUUCUACCACCAGUUGUAUCGGCCAGGAUUCGAACAAAGGACUUUUUUAGUUUUCGUUAUGGAAAAGUUGAAGUGAGGGCCAAAAUGCCAAGAGGUGAUUGGUUGUUUCCUUUAAUCUUACUGGAACCUAUUGAAAACUAUUAUGGAUUCACAGGAUAUGCAUCUGGUCAAAUGAGAGUAGCAUUUAUAAGAGGCAAUGAAUUCCUAAACGAUAAGGAUGAUAACGAAAUUUCAGGAUAUCGGAUUUCUGGUGGAGUUGUAUUGUCAGCACGGGAUGCACUUCGUGAUAUUUGGCUAAAAGGAAGUGUACGUAGAACACAUUUGGGAAAUGACUUCCAUACGUACACUUUAACAUGGACGGAUGAAUUGAUUUCACUUGAAAUUGACAACAAUGAAUAUGCAACUAUUCGUGGUGGCUUUUCUAGACUUUAUACAACACAAAAUCUAAAACAUGCUAAAUUAUGGGAUAAUGGUGAUGCUAUGGCACCAUUUGAUAGAGAGUUCUUCCUAACUCUGGGAGUAUCGGUUGGAGGACAUUCGGAUUUUCCUGAUGGUGUGUUAAAUGGAUUUGCUCGGCUUGAAAAACCUUGGAAAAAUGAACAUCCGAAGGCGGAAUUACAGUUCUGGAAUGAUCGAGAGAACUGGUUGAAGACAUGGAAUGGAGAUAAUGCUGGACUACAUGUGGACUAUAUAAGAGUUUACGCUUUAAAAAAAAUGAAGAUCUUACUAAGAUCUUCACUUGUUUUAUAUUUAAUCUUGGCAUUAGUAGAACGAGUUAAAAAUACGGAAUUUACAGUACAAAUACAACCAAUAAAAGGAUUUACUUUAUCAUUUCCACAUGAAUACGGUAUAACAAACGUCGAAAUUCAUGGAUCUGUUAAUAAACAAAUCUCCGUACCUCCAGGAGAAUUUUCCAAAAUAAUUGGUGCACCCUUAUUUGGCAAAUGGACAUACGUAAAUAAGGAAACCGUUGUGCCCGUAGGCAAACAAAUUUUCUUUUGGAUAAGAAUAAAUAGCUUCGUAGAGCGUAAAAAAGUUGAGUAUAUUAUAGAAACACCUGGACAGAGGCCACAAAAUAACCUACACUUUAUACACAUUGGUGAAUCAAAAUUGGAAACGACAAGGACAACUGUAAAUGGAAAAUCGAUAGAUUAUAGUGACAAACCUAUAUUCGAGGAUAAUUUUUAUUUCCACGAUUGGUCUAAAUGGGAACAUGAAAUUGGAAUUCCAAUUAGUGAAAAUGAUGGUGAUUUUGUAUCCUUCCAACAAAAAGAUACAAAUUUGUAUGUUCAAAACGGAAUUUUGUACAUUGUUCCUACUUUACUGUCAGAUGCUAAAGAAUUUAAUGAAGACCAAGUUUUAAAAGGAAUACUUGACCUCAGCGAAACUUGCACAGGUAAUAUUGAUCCAAAAAGGGAAUGCUAUAGAAAGGCACGCUCGUCUCAAAUUCUUCCACCAGUGGUUUCAGCCAAGAUAACAACACGAAAUAAAUUUAGAUUUCGGUAUGGUAAAGUUGAAGUUAGAGCAAAACUUCCAAAAGGCGAUUGGAUCUUUCCAAUAAUUGCGUUGGAACCAUCUGAACACUAUUACGGCGUCAAUGGCUAUGCUUCGGGACAGCUGAGAAUUGCAUCAGCAAGAGGAAAUGAAAAUCUCAAAGACAGCCAAAAAGCUGACAUUUCUGGCAAACGAUUAAAUAGUGGAGCGGUGUUAUCGACAGGAGAUUCUUUUCAUAAUAAUUGGCUUCAUCCAUCUAAAUCAAAUAAGCAUCUUGGUGACGAUUUUCACAAUUAUACUGUCCUUUGGACAAGAGCAGCUAUUAUUCUUGAAAUCGAUGGUGUUAAAUAUGGUGAGCAUAAAGGAAAUUUUUCAAAAUUGGUUCGUGAUACUCAACCUAACGCAAGACUAUGGGAAAAUAAUAAUAUCAUGACACCUUUUGAUAGAGAAUUCUAUUUAACACUUGGAGUCUCAGUUGGAGGACACUCUGAUUUUCCCGAUAACUGCAGCAAUAAUCUAAAUGAAACAAAACCAUGGAAUAAUAGAGAUCCAAAAGCGAUGUUUCAAUUUUGGAAAAGUCGUGAAAAGUGGCAAAAAACUUGGAAAGGUUUAGAUACUGCUCUUCAAAUUGAUUACAUAAGAGUUUAUCCUGCAAAUGUUACACAUAAUUGAAUAACAUAGAUUUUUCAUAUUGAUUCAUUAAACUGGACAAAGAACAAGGUGUCAACUUGAUUAUUUUUCAAAAUAGAUGGGAUAUUUUGUAAUGUCACGGGUGGAAAAAAAAGGCCGUAAUUCUGGCCCUGUUUUUUUCCGUAGGUUUGUCGACUGUACUCAAUUAUAUUUUUAUCAAUAGUUUUAGCGUAAAUUAAAAAAAAAAAAAAAAUAAAAAU